AUGGCUACGAGUCACGAAGAUGGUAGUGCCACGCACCCGAACUAUUAUUAUUAUGUGGAUCCGUCACUUCCUGUUUACGAAUCACAACAACCGAAUCCGGUAGACGAUUUAAUAACGAUUUAUGGUUUAGAAGAGGUGGCUAGGCAGGUGGCUAGGACGAAUGCAGAUGGUACGAAAGCGGUUAAACUAAGGAAAUCUUACAAGAACCAGAUACAAGAUCUUUCAGGAAGGUUUAUAACAAUUCCUUCAAGGGAAAACGGAAAAGGUGGAGAGAUAUCAGACGUAAUCUUUCAAAAUAAUCCGGAUAUGAUGAAUCAAGCCAAACUAGUGGAAGGGAUGAGUGAAGAAGAGUAUAGAGACGCGAUGAUGAAAAGAGAUACAGGAUUAUUUGAGCCGCCACAAAUGGAUUGGGAUAUGUGCUCUACAGUGAUAGGGCAGUUGAUGAAGAGCCAUCCGUCAGAGUUUAAAAAUUCUGGUUUCGAUGUGGAUGAUCUUGCAUUCGAUCUAAACGGUACAGGUACCAAAACGAAGAAAAGAAAGUAUAAGUCGAACGGAUCGUCGAUGGCUUCUCCUAACACUGAGUUACAACCAGAUGAUAUGAAAAGAAGAAGGCUUGAAUAG